AUGUCACCAACGGAAAAUGACGAUCUAGACAUACCCAGCUUCGACGAUUUGCCCUUAGAGCCGUCUCAUCCUCCACAUUCUGCGUGGUUUCUCUGGGGCGAAGAUGAUCAGCUAGGAUGUCUCAACCACCUUACUCCCAAGAGGGUAGCUCAGGCUGCGACAUCACAGAUCAGAACUGGUGUUUCUGUCGGCUUGAAUUGGGGGCUUGACCAGAUGAAGGUGCCACCGUUCUACAGAACAAAACUGAGACAUGAAAUCUUCAGUAUCGGUGAAUUCAUCAAUGAUGAUAAGGUCGAAUUCAAUACUCAGACAAGCAGUCAAUGGGACGGUUUCAGGCACUGGAGCUUUUCGAAUGGACUGUUCUACAAUGGAGUGUCACAAGAAGAGGUUAGAAAGGAGGCAUCUACACGCAAUGGAAUUCACGAGUGGACGAAGCGAGGCAUCAUUGGUCGCGGUGUUCUUAUCGAUCAUUACUCUUGGAUGACCGAACAAGGGAGUGAGAGCUACGACCCGUGGGAGUAUCACAAGAUCCCAGUAUCUGAGGUCAAAACCAUUGCAGAGGCCAGAGGAAUUACAUUUCAGACAGGUGACAUUCUGUUUCUAAGGACAGGCUUCGUUCACAGAUACCAAACCAUGCCGCUGCACGAGCUUACUGACAAGAUGUCUCAGUCUGAGUAUUUCUACCCAGGUCUCGAGGGCUCUGAGGAGUCACUUCGCUGGCUCUGGGACACGCAUUUCGCAGCCGUGGCAGCCGACAGUCCAGGGUUCGAAGCAUGGAGUGCUGGCCUGGGAGACACAAACGAACAAUACCGCAUGCAUGAGACGUUACUGUCAGGUUUCGGCUUACCCAUAGGAGAGUUGUUCGAUCUGGAGGAAUUGUCCGUCGAGUGCAAGAAACAAAAGCGAUGGACGUUCUUUGUCACCAGUAUGCCACUAAAUAUCCCUGGAGGGGUAGGAAGCCCCCCCAAUGCGGUGGCGAUAUUCUAG